AGUAGGGCUAUGACAGACUAACAACAAAGUGAAAUCUGCCGUGAAAAAAAAACCCACGAGAAAAAUGGGAAAAGAAGAAAACAAUGACCCCAAAGAUGUGCAAAGAAAAGGAAAAGCCAAGAUGCAACUCAAAAGAAAUAUAGGUUAUUUUGAUGGGGUAAGUUUUAUAGUAGGAUCAAUUGUUGGAGCAGGGAUCUUCGUGUCUCCCACAGGGGUAUUAAAGCAUUCCUUACUCAAUGUUGGUGUUGCACUAACGAUCUGGACUGCAUCUGGGCUGGUUUCCCUGAUGGGUGCCCUCUGCUAUGCGGAGCUGGGAAGUGCUCUGCCCUUCUCUGGAGGAGAAUACAGCCAUAUUAAAAGAGGCCUUGGAUCCCUACCUGCCUUUGUGUUUAUCUGGACAUCAACAUUCACCAAGCCGGCAUCAAAUGCUGCUCGAGCCUUGCUGUUUGCUGAAUAUGCCACGCAGCCUUUCUAUGGCAUUUGUCCUGCACCAGACGUGCUGAAGAAGUGCUUGGCCUUGGCCGUUCUCUGGUCCCUGGGGAUUUUAAAUGGCCUCAGCGUCAAAAUGUCUGCAUGGGUGCAGACAGUUUUCACUCUGCUGAAGAUGAUGGCCUUGUCUGUGAUUGCUGUUGGUGGCAUAGUUCUCCUCGUUACCAGGCAAAAGGAGAGCCUGGCCAGGUUUGAGGACAUGUUUGGCUCAGAGAUCCCCAACGCCUCGCAGGUUGCUGAAGCCUUCUUCCAGGGGCUGUACGCGUACGGCGGCUGGUGGUCCCUCAACUACAUGGCAGAGGAGAUGAAGCACCCCAGCAGAAAUAUCCCCUUAACUGUGAUGACUGCUGUUCCUGUAGUAAUUGUUUUUUAUUUACUAGUGAACAUCUCAUAUCUGACUGUCCUCACACCUAAGGAAAUUGUUUCCUCAGUUGCUGUGGCAGUCACUUGGGCUGAUCGAGUGAUCCCCUCUGUUGCCUGGAUCAUUCCUCUCUCUGUUGCUGUUUCAAUAUUUGGUGCCCUCAACUGCAGCAUGUUCACACUCGGUCGAUUAAGCUAUGCUGGAAGUCAGUCAGGACAUUUACCUCUUUUAAUAUCCAUGCUUAAUGUCCACUCCUAUACACCAGCACCAGCCAUGAUUUUUUCAACCAUCAUUGCAUCCAUUUUUAUCAUCCCCUCUGACCUUAUUAUGUUAACAAAUUACUUUGGAUUUUCUGCCUGGCUUAUGACUGGAUUGACUUGUGCAAGCCUGAUUGUACUUCGAUACCGGGAACCUCAUCUACACCGACCAUACAAAGUGUUUUUACCGGUUCCAUUUAUGAUGGUGGCGAUGUCUUUCUUCCUAGUUCUAGCUCCCAUAGUCUGGUCUCCAAACAUGCAAUAUGUUUACGCUUUCCUGUUUAUGCUUGGAAGUCUUAUUAUUUAUCUGCCUUUUAUACAUUUUAAAUUGCACUUUGCAUUUCUUGAUAAAAUUACUUGCCACUUACAGCUCCUGUUAGAAGUCUGUCCCGCUGAUGGACCUGCUGAGGGCAAAUGUGAAUAAUGGCAGAUAUUUCAUCUCAGGACAACUAAGAGCCAACAGAGGAUUUUGUUUAACUGAGGCUGUAAACCGUGCAAUUUUGAUGUUGGUCUGAUAUAUAGGUGUGCAUGGAUGCAUAUACAUAUAUAGAUGUAUACAUAUAUAUUGCAAACAUGCACAUAUAUGUACAUAUAGGAACAGAAUCUCAGAAUCACAGAGUGAACUAGGUUGGAAAAG